CAUUGUUGGAGACACUGUUGCGGAAUGACCGCGGCCCCGAGAACCCAGACAACAACAGCGAAAGUCGAGACUGACUGCACAAGGCAAAGAGUUGUUUCAUACUGAGUUUCGACCGUCCUCUAGGGCCAAAUACCGUGCAUGGUGAGAAUUUGAGGCAUCACAGUUUCACAUUUCCACCCCCGGCGCCUGAGUGUCCGCCCUCCCUCUUGGUCAGCAUCAGCGCAGGCGGCCGGAUUCGUUCGAACAUCUUUACAGGCAGGCGCCUGUAAAGGAGUGCUCUCUCACCCCAUUUCUGAGAACGCCCCUAUAUCUCACAAUACUUGGAAAUGUCGUUUCUCAACAGGAAUAACCUCUUCGGCGGCGGCCAGCAGCCUCAACAACCUCCCCGAGAUCCCUAUGGCUCUCCCAACCGAGGCAGUCCCAGGCCAGGCUAUGGCGGCGGCGGCGGCAGUUAUGAUACACCCAUGAACGGAGGCUACGAUACACCUCCGACCCGACAACCUCAAGGAUAUGGCAAUGGCAGCCCUGCGCUCCCUGCCAGAAACAUGCCACCGCGACCCAUGGGCCAUCAGAACAGUCCAAGUAAAGGUGGGGGUCGCCCAGGAGGCGGAGGCGGACACACAAUGAUUCUACAGCCCGCAAAAAGCCCAGACAACUCGUACACAUUUCGAAAUCUGGUCGCAGUGUCGACGCAGGACCUUCCUCCUUCUCGCGAUGGCACAGACAUUUUCCUCCUCAUCAACGGCAUGUACGUCGUAUCCGCGCGGCCGCUGGAUUCAUUUCCGCGAGGAUUGAUCGGAUUGUCGGAACCGCAGAGAUCGUGGAUGGGUGUUGCUUUGACGGACCAGGUACAGGCUGAAGUGUACGACCCCUUCAGCCAGGGCAAUCAAGCGUACAUUGGAUCAAUGGACAUUGAAAUUGGCUUUGCAAGUACGAGAAAGGUCACAGAUACGCCAUAUGACCAAGAUGAUCUUGCGAGGGAAAUUACCAAGUUGUUCAACAGCCAGAUGUUUGCACCUGGCCAGAGAUUCCUGAUGGACUUGAAGAGCAUCCCUCUCAACCUCCAGGUCAAGACUGUACAAUUAGCAGACUUGAGUGAAAAGUCCGCCCCUACGACCUCUGACCCCGGCGCCAGGGGUAUCUUGACUCCGCAGACGCAGAUCAACUUCUUCAAAGAUGGCAAGUCGCCCAUCAAUCUGAAAGCAUCCACGAGGAGACCCGCGGCCAAUUCCAUUAUUGCCCCGGAUUUUAAGUUCGAGGACAUGGGCAUAGGUGGUCUCGAUGCCGAGUUCGUCACUAUCUUCCGAAGAGCUUUCGCCUCUCGUGUAUUCCCUCCCGGACUGGUUGAGAAGCUGGGUAUCCAGCAUGUCAAAGGCAUUUUAUUGUAUGGCCCGCCAGGAACAGGAAAGACUUUGAUUGCUCGCCAGAUCGGCAAGAUGUUGAAUGCUCGAGAACCAAAGGUCAUCAAUGGGCCCGAGGUCCUCAACAAAUACGUUGGUCAGUCGGAAGAAAAUAUCCGAAAGCUGUUCGCCGACGCGGAGAAGGAGUAUAAGGAGAAAGGCGAUGAGUCCGGACUCCAUAUCAUCAUCUUCGACGAACUCGACGCCGUGUGCAAGCAGAGAGGUAGUGGAGCCGGAGGCGGCACGGGCGUUGGCGACAGUGUUGUCAACCAGCUGCUUUCCAAACUCGACGGUGUCGACCAACUCAACAAUAUUUUGUUGAUUGGUAUGACGAACCGAAAGGAUAUGAUUGAUGAUGCUCUCCUACGUCCUGGUCGUCUGGAGUUGCACAUGGAGAUCUCUCUUCCCGACGAACAUGGCCGAGCGCAGAUCCUGAAGAUUCACACCCAAAAGAUGCGGGACAACAAGGUCCUAGAUCCGGAUGUUGAUCUGCUUGAACUUGCUCGCAAGACGAAGAACUUUUCGGGCGCUGAAAUUGGUGGUCUGGUCAAGUCGGCCACAUCAUUUGCAUUUAGUCGGCACAUCAAAGUCGGGACCAUGGCCGGAAUCACCGACGACGUGGCCGACAUGAAGGUGAAACGAGCGGAUUUUGAAAAUGCCCUGGAAGAAGUCAAGCCCGCCUUUGGCGUGUCGGAGGAGGAAUUGUCGUACUGCUUACGAGGAGGAGUCAUCCACUAUUCGCAAUACAUCAAGGACGUGUUGGAAGAAGGGAAACUGUUUGUCGAACAAGUGCGACAGCCACAAUCGACUCCCUUGUUUUCCGUCUGUCUCCACGGCCCACCGGGUUGUGGAAAGACGGCAUUGGCGGCCAAGAUUGCCAUUGACUCUGGGUAUCCGUUCAUCAAGCUGAUCAGCACCAAGGACACGCUGGAAAUGAGCGAAAGCCAGAAAAUAUCCUAUCUCAGCAAGGUCUUUAUGGACGCAUACAAGAGUCCCAUGAGCGUUGUUGUCUUGGACGAUGUGGAAGAAUACAUCGAAUGGACACCGAUAGGUCCUCGAUUCAGCAAUCCCAUUCUCAAGACGGUCGUGGCACUCUUGCGCAAAGCCCCGCCUCCAGGACGCAGUCUGUUGAUUAUCGUGACGGCGACACAGCGGAGUGUCUUGCAGCAACUGGACUUCUGGCGUCACUUCAACUCGGAUAUACCCAUUGCAAAUGUCAGGACCUAUGAAGAGCUCGAACAUGUCAUGAAGGAGUCCAAGGCGUUUGCGCCCCAGGAUACCUCCAGAGCCAUCUCUGAGAUUAAAGAUAUCACCAGGAGUGAGGAGGUCGGCGUGGGAAUCAAGCAUGUUUUGCAGGCCAUUGAAACGGCCAAGUUGGAUACCGAUUUGGUGUCGAGGUUUGCAAAUACCAUGUCUAGGGCGAUUGCCGAAAGGGGCAAUAGUUAUGGUUAGAGAGAGAUGGUGUACUAGUAUAGACUCCAUUGAUACUGUAUACAAAUUAGAUUUUGGCCUUUAUCUGUAAACGUUUUGCAUGUUGGGA